CAUUUGAAGCAAAUUAAGCAUAGUAACAUCAUAGUACUAAAAGGACUAAGAUUUUGAAUUUUGAAAAAAUCUCAGUAUCUGAAGAGACACAAUGGGUGUCCAUGAUGUAUCACAAAAAUGGGUUUCUGGAAAGGUUCUCAUUGCUAUGCUUCUUCUUGUCACAGUCUCUGCUGAGAACAUCACCUCACAAUCCAAUCACACUAUAGGGGUUGAUACCAAUCAUCAUGCUCAAGUAUUUUACCAUCACACUUGGCCGAGUAUGAAAUUUGGAUGGAGAAUAAUUGUAGGAAGCAUAGUUGGAUUCCUGGGAUCAGCAUUUGGGAAUGUUGGAGGUGUUGGUGGGGGUGGCAUCUUUGUGCCUAUGCUUUCUCUCAUUAUAGGAUUUGAUGCAAAAUCAGCAAUAGCAAUAUCAAAAUGCAUGAUUACUGGUGGAGCAACAGCAACUGUUUUGUACAAUUUGAGGCAAAGACACCCCACACUUGAUUUGCCCCUCAUUGAUUAUGACUUAGCACUUCUCUUCCAACCCAUGUUGAUGCUUGGAAUCAGUAUUGGAGUUUCUUUCAAUGUCAUUUUUCCUGAGUGGAUGCUAACAGUUCUGCUAAUAAUAUUUUUCGUUGGCAUUUCAAUUAAAUCCUUCUUGAAGGGUGUUGAUACAUGGAAGAAAGAAACCAUUAUGAAGAAGGAAGCUAUGAAGAAUUCACGGAUUGAUGCCAUUGCAACUCCUGAAGGUGCUGCACAUUAUAUUCAAACAGAAGACACUGUCAAAGAUAUUAAUGAACCAAAGAAAAAGGUUUCUUUAGUUGAGAACAUUCGUUGGACGGAACUUGGUCUUCUUUUCGCUAUCUGGAUCAUGAUACUUGCAUUAGAGAUUGGAAAAAGUUGCACAACAACUUGCUCUGGAUCAUAUUGGUUAUUGAAUCUACUCCAGGUCCCUGUAACUUUGGGAAUGAGUUCAUACCAGGCCAUGAGACUAUACAAAGGACAGAGAACCAUAGCAUCAAAGGGUGAUCAACAAACACAUUGGCCAGUGUGCCAGUUAAUUCUUUUUUGUAGUUGUGGUGUACUUGCUGGCACCAUUGCUGGUUUGUUAGGCCUUGGUGGAGGAUUCAUCUUGGCACCCCUUUUCCUUGGAAUUGGAAUCCCUCCUCAGGUGGCAAGUGCUACAUCCAUUUUGGCAAUGUCAUUUUCUGCAUCUGUGGCUGUGGUGGAAUAUUACCUUCUCAAACGUUUUCCAAUUCCUUAUGCCCUUUACUUGGUAGGUGUAGCCACUGCAGCUUCACUUGUUGGACAGCAUUUGGUGAGAAAGGUGGUUGCCAUAUUGGGGAGAGCAUCUGUGAUCAUUUUCAUCUUAACCUUCACACUCUGUGUUAGUGCAUUUUUACUAGGUGGAGUAGGAGUUGCACACAUGAUUCAAAAGAUUGAACACAAGGAGUACAUGGGAUUUGGAAACCUUUGCAUGUACAAGGUUAAACACUAGGGUUCAUCAGGCCUAGCUAAUAUUAAAGGGCAGUGCUCUUUAAUGCAGUUUUGUGUUGUUUUUUGUUACGUUAGUGGCACAGUUUUGUAUUGUUAUGUUGGUGUAUACUUCUAGUUCAGUUGAAAAACAAAAGCUCACUGUAUUAGUUUUUAGAUUUCAACAAUUAAUACGUUAGAAAUAUUUAGGCCAGAACAUUGUUUUCUCUGUAUAUGUAUAGAUAUAUGUAUUUCAGUAUGUAUCUGUAUAUGUAUAUGUUUAAAAUUGAAUCGAUGCAAUCUUUGAUUUGUGUA